UCAAUGGACCCAUUUUAACAUGCACAACCCAACUUCUACUAUUAAGUAUUUUAUUCACAAAACAGGUUUAGUUUUCCUUUUUACCUGUUUCUCAUUUCAAAAAUCUGUCAAUGCUGUAUAUAUUUUGCAAAUUCAUCAAUAUCUAUCAAUGUCGUAUAAACUUUCACGGAUCACUUUUUAGUUUCACUCGGUUUCUGUCAUGUAGAUUCAUAGAAUGAGAAAUAGGAGCUGACCCAGAAUGUGAAAGCCAAUUAUAAUGCGUUUUAUCUUGUCUGUUAUUCCUCAUAGCUUUUGUUGACUCCAAACACUUCUUGGAUCAGUUUCCAAAAUUGGAAUAGUUUUUAGAGUUCGAAUUUCACUUUUCUUUGAUUUUUAAAGGUAGUUGUUUGCGUAGUUUUUACCUGGGGAAACCCGUAUCUGUCGUUUGUAGCUAUAAAAGUCAUAAACUUGGAUGGUAGUCAGGUCUAUAAACACUGAGAUACACUUAUUUCCAUAUAAAUUUUUUAAAGUUUUGUCAUUGUUUUGAGUCUAAAUUUUGAGGGUGCGGGAUUUGUUAUUAGUUCUUAGGGAAUCGAGUUUUGAAAUUUUGUUGGUGGAUAAGCUUCCUUAGGAAGGUGAAUUCCCAGAAGUUAUUUUCUCUAAAGAUUCACAGUUGUUCUGGGGUGUGGGAUUAGAGGUGAUAGCUUAGAAAAUGGCUCGUGGUAUAAGAAAGAAGCUGCAUUUAGGCAGCUUACUUCCCUUCAGAUGUGGAACAAAAACAUUUCAAUCUGAACACUCACUGAUUGGAGGACCCGGCUUCUCAAGGGUGGUAUAUUGCAACACCACCGAAAGUCGAAGGGUCCUAACUUAUGGCAACAAUUAUGUCACAAGUACAAAAUAUACACUUGCAACGUUCUUCCCCAAAUCAAUUUUUGAGCAGUUCAGGCGGGCUGCCAAUGUCUUUUUCCUUAUUUCCGCAAUUUUGAGUUUCACGCCGCUGUCUCCUUCUUCACCAGUAAGUAGUGUUCUUCCUCUUGCUCUGGUGAUUUUAGCUGCAAUGAUUAAAGAGGCUAUAGAAGAUUUGAGGCGAAAAAGGCAGGAUAUUGAGGUGAACAACAGAAAGGUAAAAGUGCAUCGUGGUGAAGGGGUAUUCGAUAAUGCUAAAUGGAUGAAUUUGGAAGUUGGAGAUAUAGUGAAGGUGGAAAAGGAUGGAUAUUUUCCUGCUGAUCUCAUCCUACUUUCUUCAAGUUAUGAGGAAGCAAUUUGCUAUGUUGAGACCAUGAACCUAGAUGGGGAAACCAAUUUAAAACUAAAACAAGCAGUGGAUGCAACUUCAAAGCUGCACGAAGACUCAGGCUUUCAAAAUUUCAAGGCUGUAAUAAAAAGUGAAGACCCAAAUGCAAAUUUGUACUCUUUUAUAGGCAGUUUGCAGCUUGAAGAACAACAGUACCCACUUACACCUCAGCAGCUUCUGCUUAGGGAGUCAAAACUAAAAAACACGGAUUUUAUUUAUGGGGUGGUAAUAUUUACAGGUCAUGAUACAAAGGUUAUGCAAAAUUCAACGGCUCCUCCUUCCAAGAGAAGCAAAAUUGAGAGAAGAAUGGAUAAGCUUGUUUACUUCUUGUUUUCUAUCCUUGUGUUGAUAUCUUUUAUUGGGUCAAUUUUCUUUGGAAGUUCAACUAGGGAGGACUUGGAAAAUGGAACAAUGAAAAGAUGGUACCUUAGACCAGAUGACACUGCAAUAUACUACGAUCCAAAAAGAGCACCAGUGGCAGCAAUUUUGAUCUUUCUGACUGGCCUUAUGCUGUAUAGUUAUUUGAUUCCCAUUUCCUUGUAUAUUUCACUAGAAAUAGCUAAAGUUAUUCAAUGUACUUUCAUCAAUCAAGAUCUGCACAUGUAUUAUGAAGAAGCCGACAAGCCAGCAAAAGCCCGUACCUCAAAUUUGAAUGAAGAACUGGGUCAAGUUGACACUAUACUUUCUGAUAAGACAGGAACUUUGACUUGCAACUCGAUGGAGUUUAUUAAGUGUUCAAUGGCAGGGACUGCUUAUGGGCGUGGAGUGACAGUAGUUGAGAGAGCUCUGUCAAGGAGAGAAGAGUUGCCUUCAGCUAUAGAGGUGACAAAUGGAGAGGGUCAGGUUGAGUAUUCCACCAAAGCAGCCAUUAAAGGGUUUAACUUUUUCGAUGAAAGGAUCACACAUGGUAAUUGGGUUAAUGAACCUCAUGCAGAUGUAAUCCAGAAAUUUCUACUGUUACUGGCCAUUUGCCAUACUGCAGUACCUGAAGUUGAUGAAGAAACAGGAAGAAUUUCUUAUGAAGCUGAAUCACCAGAUGAGGCUGCUUUUGUGAUCGCAGCCAGAGAACUGGGAUUUGAAUUUUACGAGAGGACUCAAACAAGCAUCUUAAUACAUGAAUUAGAUCUCGUUUCUGGCAGGAAAGUUCAAAGAUCUUAUAAACUUUUGAAUAUCUUGGAGUUCAGUAACUCAAGAAAACGGAUGUCUGUGAUUGUAAGAAACAUGGAGGGAAAGCUGCUACUACUUUGUAAAGGUGCUGACAGUGUCAUAUUUGAAAGACUUGCGAAGAAUGGAAGGGAGUUUGAAGCGCAGACUCAGGAGCAUGCUAAUGAGUAUGCCAAUGCUGGUUUGAGGACCUUGCUGUUUGCAUAUCGUGAACUGGAUGAGGAAGAAUAUAAUAAGUUUAAUGAAGAAUUUACUAUGGCCAAGAACUCUGUGAGUGCAGAUCGUGACGAAAUGAUGGAGGAAGUGGCAGAAAAGAUUGAGAAUGAUUUGAUUCUUCUUGGUGCUACUGCAGUAGAAGACAAACUUCAGAAUGGGGUUCCUGAAUGUAUUGACAAGCUUGCACAGGCAGGAAUCAAAAUAUGGGUUUUGACUGGAGAUAAAUUGGAGACAGCAAUCAAUAUUGGCUUUGCCUGUUGUUUGCUUAGACAAGGAAUGGAGCAAAUUGUAAUCAGCUCAGAGACCCCAAUAAUUAAAGCACUGGAGAAAGUAGGGGACAAUUCUGCUGUAGCAGUGGCAUUUAAGGCAAAUGUCCUCCAGCAGAUUAGGGAGGCAAAAGAAUCACUUACCACAUUAAGCAAAAGCUCAGAGGCAUUGGCUUUGAUCAUUGAUGGGAAGUCACUCACUUGUGCUUUGGAGGAUGAUGUCAAGGGCCUGUUUUUAGAGCUUGCCCUUGGCUGUGCAUCAGUUAUUUGCUGUCGUUGUUCUCCCAAACAAAAAGCCCUUGUUACAAGACUGGUCAAAAUUAAAACAGGUAGGACAACUCUAGCAAUUGGUGAUGGAGCAAAUGAUGUUGGAAUGCUACAAGAAGCAGAUAUAGGAAUUGGCAUUAGUGGUGUUGAGGGAAUGCAGGCAGUUAUGUCAAGUGACAUUGCAAUUGCUCAGUUCCGAUAUUUGCAGCGCUUGCUUCUUGUGCAUGGACAUUGGUGUUACAGAAGGAUCUCAAGAAUGAUAUGCUACUUCUUUUACAAGAACAUUGCCUUUGGCUUCACUCUCUUCUUCUUUGAGGUGUAUGCAUCAUUCUCAGGCCAAGCUCCCUACAAUGAUUGGUAUUUGUCACUCUAUAAUGUCUUCUUCACGUCACUUCCUGUGAUAGCCUUAGGAGUGCUUGAGCAGGAUGUCUCUGCAGAUCUUUGUCUCAAGUUCCCUCUGUUGUACCAAGAAGGUGUACAAAACCUCCUAUUUAGUUGGUUUCGAUUCCUUUGCUGGGCGUUCAAUGGCGUAUUGAGCGCUACUUUGAUCUUCUUCUUUUGCUCCCAUGCAAUAGAGCAGCCUGCCUUCCGUAAAGGUGGUGAAGUUGCAGGAUUGGAUGUCCUUGGAACACUCAUGUACACUUGCAUUGUAUGGGUCGUAAAUUGUCAAAUUGCACUAUUCGUCAACUAUUAUACUCUUAAAAAUCAUAUCUUCAUCUGGGGUAGCAUUAUAGCAUGGUACAUAUUCCUCUUGGCAUAUGGAGCAGUGAACCCCAACAUAUCAACAACAGCAUAUAAGGUCUUCAUUGAAGCCUGUGCACCAGCCCCUUCUUAUUGGCUUCUCACACUGUUUGUGGUAAUCACUUGUCUAAUCCCAUAUUUCACUCACACAUCCAUCCAAUUGUGGUUUUUCCCCAUGUAUCAUCAGAUGAUACAGUGGGUAAGUAAAGAUGGUCAAUUAGAUGACCCUCAAUACAGUCAGAUGGUAAGACAGAGAUCGUUAAGGCCCGCGACAGUGGGAUAUACAGCCCAUUUGAGGGCAACAUCCAAACGCUCUCAAGAGACGAAUGAAGUACAUUGAUAGUAGUAGUUUUUUUGAAGGAUCUUAGCAGAAAUAGUGUAGUUUUCUUUCAGAGACAAGUUUGCAUUACAUAUCACAAUACAGAAAAACUAUUUGAUUCAAAUCGGAUUUUCUUUUCCACUUGAAAAGAAUAAUGGUAUUUUUGCAUCUUAAAGUUUUUUCAC